AUGGCAAAAUAUCCUUACAAGCCAUACUGCCUUUUAAGCCACUUUAUAAUGUUGGCUUUUUGGACUUAUUUUCAUGUAGUUCCUCGCUCAGUAUUGCUAGUAAACUUGUUUCACUGUGUAGCGUUCUACUGUAUUUAUAUCCACAAUAGUACUGAUCCACCUGGUUGUACGACGAUCUUCAGUGACGUGGUACAGACUACAUCCAUGUCAGUGUAUUUGGAGAGAAACAGGUCCUUAGGUGCUUUAAUUGACAUAUUGGCCAAAUUAAAAUUGAAUUCAAGAAUCAAAAUGCAAGACGUUGUGCUAUAUGAUCCCAAUUCUGACCCAUAG